UAAAUGGUCUAUAUAUAGGAAUUAAUGUUGUCUUUUCCAAUGUGAGUAGUGAUAAGAAGAGGGAAAAAGAAAAAAAAAUUGUUAAGAGAAAAAAAAAGAAGAAAUGGAGGGUGAGAGUUUUACUCAUAUGAUUCAUGAACACCCACUGAGUCUGAUCCCCGACUCGGCCGGGAAAAGGGGUUACCGUCCAUGGUGUUAUGGCUGUUUGAGAUACUUUAUACCCGGAGAUGCAAAGUAUGGAUGCAGCCUCCACUGGUGUGGAUUUGAUGGGUUGUUACACAAAGAAUGCAUGGAAAUGCCGAGAGAGAUUAUGCAUCCUAUCCAUCCUUCACACUCACUCGCAUUGUAUGUAUCUUACGGAUAUAACGAAUGUGAAAUUUGUAAAAAGGGUUGUUCUGAGUUAAGCUACAGAUGUAGCCAACGGGGUUGCAAUGGAUUGGCGAUCCAUCUUGGAUGCUCGGUGGGCCUUAACGAAAAGGAUUCAGCGCAGCCGGUAAUGAAGCACCCAAGCCAUCCUCAACAUGAGCUACGAUUUUCCAAGAAAACGAGGUGGUGCCCAUUCCCAUGUGAUGCCUGCGGUGCCACUGAGAAAGGGGACUCCUACACCUGCACAAUUUGCGACUACUCCAUACACGAGAGCUGCGCACUCCUCCCUGCGUCUAAGGAGUUCCCUCGUCAUCACCCUGCCCACUCUCUGUCCCUCGCCUUUGAUGUUCCAACUGUGUACAUCCAAUAUCAAUUUGAGUGUGCUAUAUGCAACAAAACCUUGCCAUUAAGACGUUGGGUCUAUCAUUGCAACCUCUGCAGUUAUGUCGUCCAUCUCAACUGCGCCAACUCCAUAUUUGAUAAUGAAUAUGCAAGUGCAAUUGAUGAUGAGAAAGAGGUAACAACCAUUUUUCCAAUAAAAGUAGAGGACAUGUAUGAGGAGAUGAUCGUACCUUUCGUUAAGCGAGAAAGUGGACAAAUUCUUGUCCCUGGUGUUCAUGACAAUCACAACAUUGGCAAGUAUAACUUCUCCAAUCACCCUCAUCGACUAACUUUUAUUACAUUUUCUUCUUCAUCAUCGUCAUCAACAUCUCAUCAUCACUACAAAAAAGAUGAUGAAGAAGAAGAUGAUGAUGAUGGAGAAGAUUAUAGUAUUCCAAGAUCGGAAUUAAUAUGUGAUGGGUGCACAUUGGCUAUACAUGAAAAGAAGCAAACAGGUGAGGAUGGGUAUGAGAGUGGUUACAUGAGUUGUGAUGAAUGCAAAUACUUUCUCCACUUGUCCUGCUUCAACUUACCACCUGAGAUCCCCUCUCUUACAAUUCAUCCUCACAAACUAAUGAUUCGGAAUGUUGGCAAGCUCACAGAUUGGAUAUUAUGUAGAUUUUGUCGUGCUUUUACAAAUGGGCUCUAUUACGCUUGUACAAGCGCUAGGUGCUCCUUCACAAUAGAUAUCAAGUGUGCUUCUAUGCCCAACACCAUAAAAUAUAUAGCUCACCCACAGCAUAAUCAUCUCAAGCUAGAGCGAGUCACAGAUGCAGUAUGGCCUGAUUUAUGCGCUGGCUGUUUUAAGAUAAUAAUUCCAGAAUUUGGUUGUGUGGGAAAAUACGGAUGCAGUAGCUGUAGGUUCAGUGUGUGUAACAAGUGUGUGAUGUUACCAGCAAGAAAUAAGCAUAGAUCGGAGAAGCACUUGUUGUUGUUGACAUAUGAUGCCUAUGUUAACCGUCCUGGGGAGUUCUACUGCAGCAUUUGCGAAGAACGAAUGAAUCCUAGGAUUUGGAUGUAUCAUUGUCGAGACUGCGAUCAAUCCUUUCAUCCUGAAUGCUUUCAUGUUAAGUCAGGUAAGUACAGAAACAUCAACUUUGGAACACAGCAGUAUGUGAUCUCCAGUUUUCAUGACCCUCACCACCGUCUUAGAUUUCAAAUCAUAACUAAGAAGAAGAGAUGUGAUCUAUGCCAUCAUGAUAGAUAUGGUGGGGCUGGAUUUCAAUGUGAGUCAUGCUUCUUUGUCGCAUGUACCCCAUGUGGUGUGAAACACAUUGAGGAUGCACAUGCAUCUGAUUCAAAUUGAAUCAAACUUCUCUUCUUUUUUUUAUUGUGUGUGCGCCAUUUAGAUUGUUGUAGUUAUGUUAUGGGCUAAAUGAUUGUUGUUAUGUAUCUUAUUCUUAUGUACUCCUGCUUAUUAUUGUAUACAAAAGUUUUAUAA